CACUGGGUGCCCUUUAAAUGUAUGGUGUGGAUCUGCCCUCAGUUAAGCCUUGCUGCACACUUUUUGAGAAGCGAGCCCCAUUGAAUUUCAUGGACUGUACCUCUUGAGUAAACACACAUACAACUGCGCAGUCAGAGCACUUGGAUUUUAGAACUACAGGAAGAGAUGGUGCUUCCAUUUGAUUAAACCCUCAAACAUCAGUUUAAGAUUGUGGGCCAAGUUAAUUAUUGCAGGCAUUCCAAUAACAUUUCUAUUCCCAUUUUAUAAAGCCGGAGCUGAGAGAGACACUGAUUUGUUCAAGGUCACCGCAAGUAAUGGACGAUCAGGGAUUCUUCAUAACAGAUUCAUUUCCUUGGGAUUUUUGUUUAAUCCCCUUUUCCUUCUGCACUUAUCCAUUUAGUAAGAAGCAAAAGGAAACCCGAUUCUCAGAACUCUGCAGGUUGGAGCAGAUUGAUGAUCUCUUGCUUUUUGCUGACAUUCAGGAACUUAUUCUAAUGGGUAAAAGAGUCACUCUUUGAAAGUGGAGAUAUUUUCAAAGAACACAGCGGGUGUGACCGAGAUUGCUGAAGGAGAUCACAAGCUAACUGGGUUGCAAGAGACAGUGACUUGCUUGAGUAUACGAAUUUGCCACCCUGGAUCACACUGGAACACCCAGUAUUCUUCUGCACCAUGAAGCUGUACUCUGGGACAUGUCCCACACCCGUCUUUGCAAUCACAAUGCUGUUUCUGAUCAAACAGGCUGAAGGAUCUUAUGAGAAAAUAAGAGUGAACUUGCUUAACUAUAAAGAAGCAUGCUUGAAAAUGUUGCACGAGUCUGCGAUCAGCCCAGGAAUAUACUGCAAUGGGAGUUUUGAUGAAUUUGUUUGCUGGCCUCAUUCACCUCCAGGAAUAGUCUCGGUUCCCUGUCCACAUUAUUUACCAUGGAUAGAAAAUGGAAGUGCAAGAAACGUAUACAGAAUCUGCUUGGACCAAGGGAUUUGGAAAAAAGUUGAAAACUCCACUGUGGUCUGGGAUAACCGCACUGAAUGUUCUGGGGACAGCCACUACCAGAGAAAAGAUGAAGAACAAACAUUGUGGAUCUCCACCCUGUACAUUUAUACUGUGGGAUAUACCUUUUCUCUUGUUUCCCUUGUCUUAGCGCUUUUCAUACUGAUGCUGCUCAGGAAACUGCACUGCACAAGGAACUACAUCCAUAUGAAUCUGUUUGUUGCGUUCAUCUUGCGAGCCGCGGGAGUUCUCAUCAAAGACAGAACAACCCACAGCACUUAUGUAUUUCUUUAUGUGGACUCUGAAAAGCCAAAUGAUCUAAAUGGAUGGAUAUCAUUCUCAAGUCCAGAGAAGUUGUUCCUAUGCAGGAUGGCUCAGCUUUUGAUGCAUUAUGUUGUUGGGGCAAAUUUCUUCUGGAUUUUAGUGGAAGGGAUUUACCUCCAUAGAUUAUUGGUAGCCACUGUACUCUCUGAGAAACAUCUGCUUUUGAGAUACAUCUUCAUUGGAUGGGGUUUUCCAGUUCUGUUUGUGGCUUCCUGGGGAAUAACAAAAUACCAACUGGAGUAUGAGGGAUGCUGGGCAACACAUCACAACAUGGCAUUCUGGUGGAUCAUUCGAGGGCCCAUUUUAUUUUCCAUUGUUGUUAACUUCUGCAUCUUUCUAAAAAUUGUGAAGCUGCUACUUUCCAAACUUAAAGCCCAGCAAAUGAGCUUUCGUGAUUAUAAAUUCAGACUGGCAAGAUCAACCCUUGUGUUAAUACCAUUGCUUGGGAUUCACGAGAUCGUCUUUAACUUCAUUGUGGAUGAAAGAAUUGAAGGUCUUUCCAGGCACAUAAAAGUCUUCAUUCAGCUGACACUGGGCUCCUUCCAAGGUUUUUUUGUAGCACUUUUAUACUGUUUUUCUAAUGGAGAGGUAAAAGCUGAACUGCGCAAGAAGUGGUCCCAUUUCUUGCUGGCAUCCCCCUUUGUCUGCAUGCCGUGCUUUCUCGGAAAGAACAUCAAGCACCUGGGGAGAUGUUCAAAGAAAGAGCAUUCAAACAAUAAUUGCUUCUCCCUGGAGGUGACUCAGCCUCAGAGCACACAAGUGGCAAAGCAGAGGACAGGCGGCAAAGUGGAGCUAAGCUUCGCAUUAAAGCAUAUUCCCAGAGCAAGCCUCUCAGACAGCAGUGAAGGAGAAGUCACAAUGGGGGAGACGACCGAAGAAGUCUUCGAAGAAAGCGAGAUUUCGAUUUGUAACAAAAGUAAAAACUGAGAUACCUGAUUAGAUCAAUGAGGGAUCUUGCAUCAUGUGCCAUGUGGAAACAACUGGAAGUAGGUGGGGGGAGCCCAUAAAAGAAAAAGAUGGUGAAAAUAGCUUCUUAGCAUUUUCCUCCAGGUUGACUCUUCCCAGGUAAUUCCCCGCCCCGCCCCCCACAAAAUUAAAGUUAGCCAAGCCUGGUAACUGCAUGAAAAUGGCUUCUCCUUGGUCCUACAAGAACCAGAUGUGGAAUAAAAGGAAUAGACUGAGCACCUUGAAAGAGCCUGCUGUUUCUCUUAUGUUUCCCAACAUUGACCGCCACUAUUGGAGCCAUCAGUCUGAUCCCAUGGGAUUGCUCUGCAGCAUCUCAGAAAGGACAACCAUUGCUUUUGUGAUACUGUUAAACAAGAAGCUGAAUUCCAACAAUGACUAAAUGAACAGGAUUGACAUUUAGGAAUGUGUGGGAUUGUAUAUAUUUAUAAGCACAUUUUCCAAGCUUUGCUGUAAAAAUUAUGAAAUGCUGAACUGACUUGUUUUUAGGGGCACAGCUACUAAUGCUUCUUUUAAUAUAUGUAAUAUACAAAAUUGUGGUUCUUUCUUCCAUUAUCCUACCAACAGACCUGCAACAGGAGUCAUUAUUACUUCCACUUUGCAAAUUUAUUUUAAACAUCUUUAUACCACCUCUUAACAGGGAGAAAACUGAUAUGACUGGAGAUGAAAAAUCUGAGAAGCUUCAAAGUCACCAGAUGGGAAAAAAAUGGGAGGGAAGCAGGGGCAACAUUACCCAAAUACAUCUAUUUGUCAAACAGCCAGACAGCGUGGUGUGAUUUACAAAUUCAGGAUGAGUUAAUGAGAGAACAAGUGAAUAGGUAAGCAAGCAGAAAAGGGCCAAGCUAGAAUUUGCAGCCAGAUCCAUGUAACAUUUUUUCAAUACAGCAUUUUUCUUUAAGAAGCAGCAGCCUGGGGAGUGAGGUGGAGGACCAAAUGGGUGGUAUGCUUGCUCCUUUUACCACCAGCCAUGCCUUUCCUCAGAAUUCCCCCGAGUUGCUUUUCUCCCCAUGGAGGAGAAAAUAUGGGUAACCCUAGGUCCACCAGAAGCUGCUUCACACUGUCUUGAAAUCACAAGCAACUGCUAAGCUAUGUACCCGCACAGCUCCAGGCCUGCCAUGUUACCUGCUGUCAUUUUUAUUUCACAAACUGUUGAUCUUACAACAUGUAUUUUCACAGACUUAAAAAUGGGAAGCUGCCGAAUUGUUUUCCUUCCUUACAUAUUGUACCCACUGUGAAAUCCAAAGGCUGGUUUUGUCAUGUGUAAUUAGUUCUUAAUUUAUGUGCUGCUUAAUGUACAAUGACUU